UUCUCUUCUCCUGCCCGCUCUCCCUUUCCAGCCCGCAGCCUUUGCAUGUGGUGCUUUCCCUCAGAGCCCAGGUGCCAGGGGAAGGUGGGCACGGGCAGUGUAAGGGCUUAUCAGCGCGAGUUGUGAUUGUAAGGUCAGUUUCUGGCUAUCGAGCUUCAGAUAAGGCAGCGACUGCAUGGGGUGAGUGAUAAAAUGUCUAGGAUUUCUGUCCAUGGAAGGGUGGCUGUUCUGGAGUGAGAGGAGAAGGCGAUCUGGGAGUUUCUCUUUAGCGGGGAGUCUUGCAGGCUCAGAAAUCUCAUCACAGCAAAUGCACGGGAUGAUCUCUGGGGAAAUGCUGGGUGGGAUCUGCAGGAGAUCCCCAGAGGGGGAUUUGGGACUGUCUGGAGGUUGCUGUGAGCUGCAAACUGACCUGUUACACUCAAAAAAUGAAUUAAUUCAUCCUACAGGUUGUCUUGCCAGGCAGGGCUUUCCACAGCCCUUUUUGUGCCCUGCUGAUUGUCCCCUUGAGUAAGUCAGGAUGAAAAAGCACUUUCCUUAGCAUUUAAUCUCCUUAGACAUUAAGUUAGCAUGCUUUAAUUAAAAUACACUCCCUGAUCAAAGUGAAUGAAUUGGAAUAAACAAAUCGGGAGUGACAUUGGAAGCAUGAUUUAACCUAUGCAGAGUAAUCAAACUUUACUGGAAAAUUAUUAGGGCACAGGCAGAAGCAAACACAAGUAAGUUCCUUGUCUAGGAAACCAGAUACAUCUGAAUGAGAGACAUUUACUGUGGUGCUCCCAAAAGAGUGGCUGAAAAGGGAUUCAGGUGUGUAAGAACAGGACAGAGGUGAUAGCUUCUUGAAGUCUAAAAGUUAAAUUUUUCAUCAUCUGUCAGUUUGAGUCAUUCCUAUUACAAUAUUGGAGUUAAGUAUUUGCAACAGACUGAGGUAUAGCUGGAGGCUCGUUGAAAGAUAUUUUUAUAAAAGAGUACCUUGGUACAUGAGAUUAAACAGUCCAAAAAAGGUGUCAUUUAUCAAAUAUUCAGAUCUGUAACUCGAGCUGUGGCAGAGAACUUUAGGGGGGAAAAAAGAGAGAGCACAGAAUUCAGCAACAAAAAGAAAUGCAGAAAUUCAGUGUCUUGCAAAUAAACCUUUGAAAUGAGGGAAAGGGAGACAAAACCUAACAAAGUCUCUUUAUGGUCAGAGCCAAGUGGGCCAAUGGGACCCUGUGUGUCAUUUGUUAAAUCAGGGACUAAUCCCAGUGUAAGGAGUUGCCAUCUGUGGGUCAAGGCAUGAUCUAAUAUCUCAGAUUAAUUUGUUGUUUUACCUGUGGGGAUGGUGGCUGUCAGGCUGAGCAGGGGGCCAGGCAGAAAAUCCCCUCUGCAGUGGGAUUGAAGCAGCUGAUGGCCCUCAGAGCUGAGGAGGGGAUGUGGCUGCAGAAACUCCUGUGAGAGUGAAGCCUGCCCAGUCUUUCCUUCCUUUCCACCCAUUGCAUUAGUUCUGGUGUAUCCUUGUCCUUCAAGAUGCAGACCAAAAGCAACACAUUCAUUUGUUUUGGACAACUGUGGAACUCAAUUUUUUUCUGGUGACUAUCAGUGACAACGCAGUGAAAAGCUGUGGGUACCCUGUUACUGCCCUUCCAGAGAAUUUAUCUUUCAGUGAUUUUUAUGCUGCACAGCACAGGGCAGCAGGGAUGGCAAGGGCUACCAAAACAUCUCUUUCCACACAAAACUGUCUGUGGUGAGAGUUUGAUGGGACACUUCUUGUGAGUGCAAAGACCAUGGCUUUGAUCCAUCCAAGUGAAGUGACGUGGUCACUUUCCCAAAUGUGGGACUUUGCUUCAGAAGAUCAUAAGGGUGUUUUCUCCCUUUUUGCCCAAAGUGGCAGCAGGGAAGGGGAGUGCUCCAUCCCCUCCCUGCAGGGCCAGGGGACCAGGGCCAGGCUGUGCCACCCCUGGGUUCAGAGAUCUGCAAAUGGAGGGUCCCAGAGCAAGGCUGCAGUGACACUGCAGCUUAACCAGCUAGGAAAAGCUUUGGGUUUGUUUGAAGCUUCUUUAUAAUUUCCUUUUUCAUUCAGUUUUUCUUCUGUUUUAUCUGAUUUUAAAAGGAUUUGUUUGCCUGUUUUAACAAAACUGCAUUGAAGUCAUACUUAGGUGCAGUGUAACUUGGUAAAUAAAUGGUGCUACAAGGAAGAGAAUUAAAUGAGCCAUUUGCUACAGGGAAAUAAAUCUGUCUGCACACACACUCUUCAUGGACUUGUGUUUGCAUGAAGUGUAUCUCUAUCCUAGAAAAAGAUCUAAAUUAAAAACUUGGGAGCAAGCAGCUUUGGAUUGUUCUGAUCUCUAUCUGUACUCCAUAGUGUAGGCUGUCUCUGAUUUAUAGCUAUGAAAUUUGGGGUGAAUUUUGCAUUUUGACUCUGUUCUUCCUAUUUUCCUCUUCAAUCCAAGUAUCUUUUUAUUCUAAAAACACCAGAAGAAAUGUCCAGACUUUUGAAGAUGUGUUUCUUGUUGAUAUCAAUGAAUCAUGCCAAGAUUACUCACAGUCAGAACUCUGAAGAUUUGCCUCCAUUGUUACACAAAGCUGUGGAGGAAGUAAUAGCUGGGAAAUAUCUGAAUGCCCUCCUAGAUAUGCUUUAUUUUCAAAGCUCUAAUGUCUGGACAGCAGAUCUGCUUACAAAAGUCAUGGCAUAUUUUCAUGCCCAGGAAGUUAUGUUUACUCUUAGCAGCCUACAGAUGUCCAUAAAAAGUUACCUGAAGAACCUUUUAUACCAGCCCAGGCAGCUGCUGUCAGAAUUGCAGCAGCUUGAUCAGCAGCAGUUCCAAACUGCAAUGAAGUACCUCUUCCACAGCAAAAAGGAGCAUCUUGAAAUUGGAAAUAUUAUUCUUGACUGGGGCAAGAUUAGAGAGAGAAUUUUCCAAAGCCCAGGAGUAAACAGGACCUUGUUCCUUGUAACACUGGAUAAAUGCUUCCUGGCCCUGAGUGCCCUGGACUGUGUGGAUAUCCUGAGUCAGGUUCUGAGGGUGUCAGCUGUGAACUAUCUCCAACCUGAUGUCGUUGGGAGUCUCCCAAACCUUCUGCUGGAGGAUGCUUUCAGAAACUUAUCCUCAUUGUUCAAGGACCUCUAUGACAGAACCUCAGCAAGCACUCAGAGAGCUCUCUAUGGCUGGAUGAAGCAGAUUCUACAGAAAUCUUACAACAGGAGUGAGUUCAAUGAAUCAACUUCUUGGGUCAGUGCAGAAAGCUUAUGGAUUUUGGGAAGAUACGUGGUCCAUCUCCCAUUAGAAGAAAUUCUGAAAAUUAGUCUCAAUGAAGUCAGGCUGUUCAUCAGCUACGACAACGCAACCAAGCAGCUGGACACGGUGUUUGAUAUCACACCAGAGCUUGCACAGGCCCUCCUGGAAAGGAUCAACUCCUCAGGCUUUGAUAUGAGGAACACUUCAACCCUGUACAGGCUGGGCUUGUUGGUUUGUUUUUAUGAUGACCUGGAACAGAUGGAUGCAGCUGUGGCCCGGGCUCUACUUCAUCAAAUGAUUAAAUGCAAUCAGCUGAGAGGUUUCCAGGCCAAGGUUCAUGAGCUCAAAUCUCAACUCCUGCACAUUGCCAUGCAAAACCAGACAUUGAAUGAUACCCUUGGAACUCUGUCAGAUGCUGUGGUUGGACUAACUCCAAGUCAGCUGGAAUCUCUGUCACCUGAAGCAGUGCAUAAUGCUGUUGCAACAUUAAACCAAGUCUCUGGGUGGGCAAAGAGCCAAGUUAUGAUUUUAUCCAGUAAAUAUCUCUCUUAUGAAAAGGUUUUAUCAUUUUACAACGUGAGCCAGAUGGGUGCCUUGGUGACAGGGAUUGGCACCUGGUCCCUGCACAGCAUGAGCCCCAGGGAGCUGGCUCAGAUGAUUCGAGGCACAACGUCCCAGUACCUGUCAGAUUUAUCUCCUGCACAGCAGCAGGGCAUCCUCAGGAAGAUUGCUUCAUCUGGAGAUUUUUCUUCGUCAGUCAAAGAUAUACAAGGAGCUUUCUUUAAAGAAGUCUCUCUUUCUGGUUUAUGGAAGCAAACUGGAUAUAAUCCUGCAAUGCUGAACGAAAAAGAACUGAGAAGCAGCCAGGCUUUGUAUCUGUAUGAAUUACUGUCCAAGGAAAACCAUCCUGUUGACCUUCUAAGCACAGGACAGCUUGUGAAAGGAGUAACUUGUCAACUCUUUGAAAGUAUGGACACAGACAUAUUUUUAAACAAUUUUAAAUUCUUUGAAAUGAAUCUUCAUCUGCUUUCUCCAUAUCAGGUUAAUUGUUUGGCUUGGAAAUUUUGGAAAGUCUCCAAUGCAUCCAUUCCUCCCUUCCUCUUACUGGCGCUUCCUUCUGAGUACCUGGAGUACGUUACAGGCCCCUUGUGUGUCCCUUUCCUUGAACGUGUGGGCAAGACUGGAAUGGACCUUCUGAACCCAAGCCUUCACAAGAGGGAUGCUGUCCUGCAGAAAGUACAGGAGUGCCUGAACAGCUCCAUUGCUGAUGAAUAUGAUGUUGACCUCCUUGGAAAUCUAAUCUGCCACUUACCUCCAGCCUUUCUACAUGGCAGAAUGUCCCUGAAGGCAAUGGCAGCAGCCCUGCAUCAAUUCAAACUUUGCCAACAGCUCAGCCACGAGCAGAAGAUUGAAAUUAAAUACAAACUCCUCCAGUUAUAUGGCCCCUCAAACAACUGGACAGCAGAAGCAACAUUAGAUGUUGGACCAUUCAUAGUUCUGCUGUCAAAAGAGGAAUUAAAUGUCCUUGCUGAAAAGUUCCCAGAGAUCAUUUUACAAAUAGCAAAGACAAAUGGACCAGUUUCUUCAGCUGAAGAGCUCCAGUCAGCUGUGUUCGAGUCAGUCUCCAAUGGCACUGGCAGAGUUCUCCUGUCCCUCAGCAGAGCUGAUUGUCUGAGAACCAGAGCUCCUUCUUCAAAUGAAAUUAUUAAAUUAGGAGAAGCAAAUGUCUUUUGGUCAGUUCAGGAACUGAAAUGCAUGGAUCCAGAGACUUUUGACAAAAAUGUGGAACUUCUUGGGGGUGUCUCAGGUUUUAACAGCUCCCAGCUGACUGUCUUGAAGGAAAAAGCCAAGCAGGUUUGGGGGUUGCUGCCAGACUGGAGGAGUUACCAGAUCAUCUCCCUGGGCCGCAUUGCUCUGGCACUCAGUGCCCAGGAGAUCGCAGAGCUGGACCUGAGCUCCAUCGACAGCGUCUCUGCUCUUACUCAGCAAACAGGGUGGACUCUUACCCAGGCAAGAGCUAUUUUACAAGGUUUUCUGGACGACUCUGGCCAGACCAUCAGCACAUUAAAAAGUUUUGAUUUAGUUGGAUUAGGAGCUGUUCUCUGUACUUUGAACUCCACAGAAAUCACAUCCAUAAGGACUGCUGAAUUCAGUGCUGCAAUUGCAAGAAUUGGGCUGUUGUUCUGCAGCACCCCUGUUCUGAGGCAGUUUAAGAAGAUGACAGAAUCUGUGUUUGGGGCUGCUCCCAGCUGGAAUGGCUCUGUUUUACAGGAAAUUGGUACUAUAGCAGGUGGUUUGAAUGAGGAUGAAUUAAAAGCCAUUGAUAAAAGCUUGAUGCCAUAUAUCCAGCCAUCAGCAGUAAGACAUAUACCUCCUGAAAUUUUCCAAGCAUUGUCCCCAGAGCAAAUAGCAAACCUGGGCCCCGAGAACGCCGCCGUGGUGACAGGAUGGCAGCGGGAGCACCUGGAUGCAGCACAGCUCCAGAGCCUGGGGCUGGCACUGGAGGGAGCCAGGAGCAGCAGCCCAGGGCCACCGAGCACGGCAGGAGCUCCCCAGGAGGGACAAAGCCCAGCGACCAGCGGUGCUCCCUGCUUGAGAGGCUUUGGCAUCUGGCUGUGUGCUGUGUUUACACUGCACCUGCCUUUCUGAACCCUCAGGGGUUGGGCUUGAGUGUCCUGGAGCUUACAACAGAGAUGCUAGAGAUAAAAGAGUGUCAGCUCAGCUUGAACAGUAGAAUCAAGAGGCUCUGAGAAUUCUGAGUGCAGAGUGGUUAAAUUCUUACAAGCAAGACCCUCAUCUGCCAUCAUUAUGAGAACUAUCUCCUUUCCAUAGCUUUACCAUUAACAAGUUUCACAGUAUCCCUGCAAAUUCUUGGAGUUUAAAAACUGGAAAUGGCUUAUCUGUCUCAUGAGAGGAUCACUGAAAUACAGGAUUGUGUGUUAGGUAGGAACUUGAAUUAUAGGGAGGAGAGGGAGCAGGGGACUUAUUUGGAGGCUGAUGUCUGAUACCCAGUGCUUUUUACCAUGGGCUAAUUUGGCCACACUCUUGUGUCCUUCUGUUGGGUUUUCUUUUACUUCAAAUGUACAUUCCCUGGAGAGGGGCUGUCCUUCUGUGUGGUGUAGUAGAAGCUGCACUAAAAGUUACUGCUGUUGCAAUAAAAUAGCUUCAUCUCAGA